CUGGAACAGUUGAGACGGGAGCGGGAUCAACUCGUUGUUGAUAAAGAUAAGUCUACAUUCAACGACAACGGCAACGAGAAACACUUCAAGAAGGGCGCCAGCAACACGAGUCUUGACAUGUUGGUGGACCUGCAGUACCUGGACUGUAACAUCCAAGGCACCGAGUACCUGAGCAUGGAAAUUGCCGAGUUCGACAACCCCUCUCUAGAUUUGGGGCUCUUGGGGCUCUUCACGCCGUCAACACCAAAUCGCGAAUCAGCAACCAGAGCCAGCUGUUUCGUCUGGCCCACCACAAUCCGAGUUGUCUUGUUCGGGCGCGCCAGGCUGUUCGUCCAUCCAGGGAACGAAGAGAUCCAACCCCGUGGUCAAGAACUCAAUGGGCUCAACAGUAUAUACCUGAAGUCGAAUGGUUCUAUUGUCGCCGGAAUCUGCUUCUCCCCACGCGGCAGGCAUCGCCGCGACAGCAUCAUUCUCGACUCGGGGAUUUCGUUCAUCGUCCGGCGCCGCUUGGAGGGGAACAGCAUAGAUUGA